AUGUAUAAAAAGGCUGAGAAAAUGGGAGACUUUCUGGAUAUUAAUAUUUCUAUCAAAUGUAUAAUCAAGAAACAGACAACUCGGGACAGUGUAUUUUCUGAGAAUAAAACGAUUCAACCUGAAACUUACUAUAGAAUAACCAUAACGAUAUCAUAUAUUGAUUCUUUUAUAAUUAAUUUAAAGGAGAGGUUUCUUGUCCACAAAAAUAUUUUAAAAGGUUUUCAAUGUAUAUUUUCUUGUAACAUUGAUUUUCAAGAAUUUGAAGAUCUUGUACAUUUUCAUCUUGAUACUGAUGUUCAGACAGUAAUUGCAGAGUUAAAAAUCUGGCAAUCAAAACCAAGUGUAACAAAUAAAAAUCUUACGAUAGCUAUAGAUGCCCUGAGACUAUGUGAUUCCUCAGUAUUUCCAAAUGUACAUCAAUUACUGAAAAUACUAUGUACCUUACCGGUGUACACAUCGACACCUGAAAGAACGUUUUCAUGCCUUAAAAGGCUGAAAACAUACUUAAAGAAUACGACGGCUGAAACUCGACUAAAUGGAUUAACAAAUCAAUUCACCAAGAAAUUCCUAUUAUGCCCUACGAAAUUCUUGAUUUCAUGUCACGUCAAUCAAGAAAAAUAG